AUGUCUUCAAGCUCAAUCAUUAGACUCCCACUAUGUGCCAUUCUCCUGCCAAACAGAGACCUCUCUUUCCAAUCAGUCCAAAACCACAGAAAACUGUUCGAAAAGAAGUAUCUCUCAGAGCCACCUGUUGAUGUUUCGUACAAUGAAGCUCUCGAAGUCAAUAGUACCAACGAUACGUUAUCAUUUAUACAUGAGGAAAACCAAACAACACAUACCACUACUGAGGACAAUGAUGACAAUACGAGUAAUAUCCUUGAAGAUGAUAUUGAUGCUGCUUCUGAAGGAAUAUUCCUUGAUAAUGUCCAAUCUCUUAUAUCUAUUGACAAUGACUUGGUGCUUGACAUUAUCUUAUUGAUUAUACCAAUGAGAAAUCAAGGUAGAGCUUAUAGAUGGUUUCAUCAUGUAAGAUUGGGUCAAUUCUUGGAAAAGAUUUACAAAAUUCACAAAACUGGCCAAUCAUUCAUUUUCAAAACUGAAUCAUGUGAUGAAACAAGCUCAAUCAAUAACCAAUCGAAUGAAACAAGUCAAGCUUCACUCAUGGAUGAAGUACAAUUAAUAUGUGACAUGUUACACACUAUAUUGGAGGAUACAUUUGUUGCCUUCCAACACAAACAUUAUAAAUUUGUGAAAAAGUGGACUGAAAAGGGAAUUAAGCAGAAUACUCUUCCAAGAUUCCUAAUUGAGUGCUACAAGAAGAAGAAUGAAUAUAAUCAAGAAAUGCAAUCUUCAGCAAACAAGCUCACCGUUGAUGACUUGUCAAUGAAAUAUGUCAUUGACAGAGAUUGGAAAUUAUCCAAAUAUUUAGCAAAGGAAUAUUCAUCUGAUUGGUUCAUGACCUAUUUUGAUAAAGGAAGAGUUGUACAAUGGGCAUCUGAUAAGGACUAUUCUGAUGGGUUGCAAUUAAGAUUAACAAAGAAUGUUGGAGUUUUUGAAUAUCCAAUUGAGAAUAUUGUCAAAGCUCUCCAUUAUGACAACCACUUGGAUUACACUUUUUCCAACCUCAGAUAUCACACCUAUUCGUCCAUAGAUGCAAGUAAUUCAAUGAAAAAGUAUCCAAGUGUCUUGUUGAAUGCUGAUUUAUUGCUGGGUCCUCUCUUUUCGACUCGUAGUUUCAAUGUUAUCUGUUCCACUCAGGCAAAAUUUGUUGGUGAUGAAUUGACUGAAACUUACAUUCUAUUCAAAUCAUGUGAUAUGAAUUCUUCCAAUAACUCUGAAAAAGUUAAAUUUCCAUACGUUGGCCUUAGAGUCCUGACUAAAAUUGACAAUCACAGAACAAGAUAUGUGGAAUUGAGAAUGGGAAAUGCAGGAGGAUUUGCCAGUGCCAAGAAAAUUACAUUCAGUUCACUCAUGGCCAAGAAAUUAACUUCGGAAAAUUACAAUGGACUGCUGAAUUGUAUCAAGAGAUGUGAAAAGACUAAUUUCCAAGCACCUAAACCAUCCGAGAAUACCUUGGCAAAAAACUUGGCUGAAUAUUGUAAAAAUAACAAAUAUUUGACAAUUGUUGCCCAUUUGCUAAUUUGGGGACAACCAAUUUCACACAAUUACUAUUGCUUGAGAAAUACUUUAAAAGGAAAGACACUCUAUCGAUUCACACUCGUAGCUUGUUACAUUUGUUUAAUAGUUUCUUCUAUUUCAUUAUUCAUGGGAUAUUAUGGAUUGGGAGGACACACCAUGGCCACAAACAAUCAAUCAGCUCAUUCUCUAUUGCAAUCCACUGGACAAGACACUUCAAAUUUGGAAAUCACUCCAAAUGCUUAUGGAACUGAGGCCAAACUCUUUGGUGUUCCAUUACAAAACAUUGGCACCUCCAUGUGUUCCUAUCAAGGACCAAACCAUCUCUACUGGAUGUUCCCUUAUCAUAGUUUAUAUGGAUAUGCACCUCAUUGGUUCACUUGGUUAUUACUCACUGUCUUGCCACACUUUUUCAGAUAUCAAGGAAGUGACGAUUGGUUCAUGUCUGGUAAAAUUCUUGGCGUUGGACUUUUCUCUGGCUGGCUUUUGAAAGAGGGAGAAAAUUUAGGCUUUGAAUGCAAAGCGAAUGAAAUCUCAGAGUUGGUAAAAUUGGAGGCUUUUGAUGAAAGUUGGGCUAGGAGUGAUGUUACUGGUGUGGAUAAACCGAGAGGACUUUAUCAUGGUUCGGUUACUUUGGGAAAGGUUGAAUAUGAGGAAAUAAUUAAUAGAAUUAAAUAUAUGGUUAGUGGAAGAUCGCAUGUAUUCUUGGUUACUACGGAAGAUGAAUUAUAUGUUUGUGGAUACAAUGCUUAUCUUCAGUGUGGAUGUGGUGAGGAUACUUCAGCAAUUCCGUAUUUCAAAAGGAUUGAUGUUCUAAGAAUGAUGGAACCUUUAAUACUAAUGGGAAAAAUUGAUCAUGAUUUCAGAGUUACUAAAAUCGCUUGUGGAUGGGUUCAUUCGGUGUUAGUAAUUAAUGACAAGUACUUGUUUGGAGCUGGUCACAAUUAUUUCUAUCAAACUGGGAUUACACAGUCUGGAACAUUUGGAGAUUUUACACAUAUUCCGUUGGAUCAUCUAGAUUUACCUUCCAAUUACAAAAUCACUCACAUUGAUGGAGGAACUUUCUUUACUGUUUUUGCUGUGAAUAAUAGGAAAAUUUAUGGAGCUGGAUCAGCUUCAUUAUGUAAUUUCGGAAUCAAACAAAAUGAUAAUGUCAACAAGUAUACAUUUUCUUAUGAGUUUGAUUGUGACAUUUCUAAAAUACAAACAGGAUAUGAUCAUACGUUGAUAUUAUUAAAAGAUAAUAGAAUUUUCAUGUCUGGAAAGAUGGAAGGUGGUUCUGGAGAUAGUGCUACAAUCAGUAGUUUCCAACAAGUCGAACUAAAUGCUAGUAUUCAUGAUUGGAUUGAUGUUGGAGUUUGUAAAUUCAAUUACCGAUCAUAUGUGUUGAAAAAUGAUAGUCUCUAUCAGCUCUCAAAGGGCGAGCCAGAACUUAUAAAGCAAGAUAAGAAGUAUGCAGGAUCAUCUCUUUGCACCUCCAAUUUAUCACUCAUGAUUGUUUCCCCAAAUAGACAAUAUAUUGAAUCUAGAGGUAAUACAGGAGACACAUUAUUUGAAUUGGACAUUCCAAGUGGAUUUAAACUGGACCACGUAUCAGCAGGAUAUACAGCAAUUUAUAUUAUUUUGUCGUUUACAGUUUUGUUACUGUUGUUGAUUGUCUUGUGGGUUGUGUGUCAAAUUGAAACUACAACAGCAUCAACACUGACAGUAGUAGCACCAACAGGAACAACAACAACAACUUUUCAUCACGAAUAUUCAUCAACAAGAUUGGUUUCGGAAUGGAGCACAAGUCCAAAUCAAAGAACUCCUUACACUUUUAACAAUAAUACCAACUACAAACUCAUCAAUAAUCGAGAGGCUCAAUUUACAAUACCAUCACUAUCUAUGGAAAAUGUAGAAUUUUAUAAAACAAAUGGUGGCAAUUCGAAACCUCACCACCAUCGGGGUGUCAAAUCCAACAAUCAGCGCUGGAUCAAUUCACAGGCCUACAAGGUUUUUACACAACAAUUAGCCGUCUAUCAAAAUUCUAAUUUAUUGAUUACAUUCUAUGUCGAUUCAAAACUUGAAAAAAGUGCCAAAGAGGAGGUUUGUGGUCGUUCAGUGGAUACUCCAUGUGCAACUAUUCAACAUGCUCUCGAUUCUUUGGAUUACAUUCUUCAUCAGAACUAUUCUUCUUUUUUGGAAAAUACUGGAUUGAGUAGAGCUGUUUCUGUUAAAUUUGUUUUACUGAAUGAUGUGUUUGAAUGCUAUUCAUCAAUUGUUACACCAACUAAACAGAAUCUAGUGUACAUUGUAACGUUUCAAUCUAUGGAUAAUGUUAAUGUGCUUUCAGCAUUAUUUUGUGAAGAAAAGGGUGGAUUUCCAAUUAUAGGAGAAACACAGAGAGCUGAUCUACAACUUGUUGUGUUCAAUGGACUUUCACUUUAUAUGAAUAUUAGAGGAUGUAGAGCUUACAAUUACAUCUUUUUUGAUGUUUCAUUCUUUAGUAUUCUAAUGGCUGUCAAUAUCCAACAAAAUUGUUUGGGAACUCAAGUCAAGGGAGAUUACAUGUUAAUUGAAAAUGCUGCAUAUGAGAAAGCUGUCAAUACCAAUUCAGGAUUUCUGGUCUAUCGAUAUACUUCACUACUUUUGCUUAAAAGUAUUGUAAAUGGUGUGGGAAGUGGAAUGUUAUUUUCUGAAAUGGACAAGAUUACAAUUUUUCAAACCAAAUUUGAAGAAACACAACUAUUUCUUGCUUCAUCUAAAGAGUUGCAAGUUUAUGGAUGUUUAUUAAUCAAUUCAAAGAUUGGAAUUACAAAUAUUGUUAAAAUUACAUUCAAUACUAAUGAAUUUACACAAUAUAGUGGAGAUUCUGCAAUUAUGGCUGAUUUUGGUACCAGUAUUGAGAUUUUAAAUACACAUGGCUAUGACGGAGAGUCAUUUGCUUCAAUUCAAGGAUUUUCUUCAGUGAAACUUGAUCAAAUUACGUUGACAAACAAUAGCAACUCUUAUUAUCCAGAUCUGAAAAAUCUUGUAAUCAUUGAACAAAGCUAUGAAGUCACAAUUACAAAUUCUCAAUUUCUAAACAACAGAGGGAUCAAUGGAUCUUGUCUUUACAUUAGUAGAAUAUUCAAGUUGGUAAUUGACAAGUCUUCAUUCUUUGGUAACGAGGCAAGGGAAAGUGGAGGAGCCAUUUUCGUUCCAAUAUUUUCUAGAAGUUACCUUAAUGCUAUUGGAAUAAUAUCUAAUUGUCAAUUCGAAAAUAAUACCUCAGUGGGUGGUGCAGGAGGUGCCAUAUUUAUAGAUUUAGCCUACUCUCUUAAUAUUAUUUCAUGUACUUUUAGAAAUAAUAUUGCACUGAUUUCAGGUGGUGCACUCUAUAUUGGUUCAUUAGUAAUUCAAUUCCAAUAUUCUGGAUCUCUAUUCGAUAGCAAUAGAGUAAUAGGUCGGGAUAACUAUUCCAAUAUGGGUGGUGCUAUUUUCCUAUGUACUGAUGCCUCAGUUAACAGAGUAGAUGAUUAUAUAUGGAAAUCAGCAACAUUUAUUAAUAAUUAUGCCAAAAAAGGUGGAGCAAUAGCUUACAUUCCACGGUACUUGGUUGGCUAUGGACGUUUUAUCAAUACCAAGUUUAUUAACAAUCAAGCAUUGUUUAUGGGUGCUGCUGUAUAUAUUUUAGGUCCAGAAAGUGUAGAUCCAAGUAAUGAAUUUAUUGGAAAUCUAAUUAUUGGAAAUGAAAUAAUUGGAACCAAUAUACCAAAUAAUUUUUCAUAUGCAUUGAGUGAAUUGGAAAUUAUAUCAGACACCAACAAGUCAGCUAACAUUCUUAAACCUGGAUCAGAAUUUACCUUUAAUGUGAAAGGUACAGACAAUAUUGGAAAUCUAAUUCCACUCUAUUAUGAGAGAAUACGUGUCGGGUCUAUGCACUCAAAGGUUGUAUUCAACAUUACAGAGAUUGGAAACUUUACCAUUAAGGUAAUUCCAUAUCUAAUUGCAAAUGACGUAUUUUCUGCUGUCAAUAUUCCACAGAGUAUUAUUACUAAUUCAAAUGGUGAAAAUUCUUCUCUAGUGGAAGUAUCCAUGUAUUUCAAGGCCGAUAUACUCGUCCAGAAGUUCUAUUACACAGCUUACAUGGCAAAUUGUGAUAAAGGAUAUCACAUUGAAAAAGUUCCAGGAACCAUUAUUGAAUUUAAAGAUGUGAAUUAUUUGUACGCUUGUGUGAAAAACCCUGAGGAUUAUACAUGGCUUAUCGUAUCAAUUGUGGUGCCAGUUACAAUAUUGGCUUUUGUCAUGGGCUUACUAAUUUCAUUACUGAUCUAUUUCAUCUUGAGGAAAGUUGUCAAUAGUUUAAGAAGAUUGAAGGAAAAGGAUAGAGCAGAAGCGGAAUUGGAAAGAAAACUAAAUGAUAAGAAGGUUAUCUUUGAUAUGAGUGAUGAUGAAGAGGAAACAAAACAACAUUCAAAAGCUUCUAAGAAGAGCGCAUCGACAUCUGCUAGUGCAGGUAAUGGGGAUUUAUUUAUUCCAUUAUUGGAUAAUGAGGAUCAAAGCUUUAUCAUUCCAAUUGAGGAUUUACAUAUAGAGAAAAAGAUUGGAGAAGGAGGAAAUGGAGUUGUCUAUUUGGGUAAAUGGAGAAAUAUCAAAGUUGCUAUCAAAUCCAUAAAAUCAUUAGAAAUGACCAAUGAAGUUGAUGAAUUCGACAAGGAAGCAGCUAUUUUAAGUAGACUCCACCAUUUAAACAUUGUCCAAUUCUAUGGUGUGGCCAUUACUAGACAAAACAAGUACAUGGUCACUGAAUAUUUAACAAAAGGAAGUUUGGAUCAAGUAAUUUAUCAAUGUAAGAAUGGAACUCUCAGAUUACAAUUUUCUAUGAGAAUUUCCAUUCUGUUGGAUGUUGCAAAUGGAAUGGAUUAUUUGCAUAAUAUGAAACCUGGAAUUAUUCACAGAGAUUUGAAACCUGGAAAUAUUCUUUUGAAUGAUCAUUUUCAAGGAAAAGUAUGUGAUUUUGGAUUGGUGAGAUUGGUAAGAAAUUCUGUUCAGUCAACCAUGACAAUGAACGUGGGUACUUUGAUGUAUCUAGCUCCAGAAUCAGUUGACGAUUCAAUUGUUCCAAAAGACGAAAAGAAAUCACUCAAAAUUGCUACAAAAUUAGAUGUUUACAGUUUUUCAAUCAUUAUGUAUGAAUUACUAUACUGUAUUGUUCCGUUCAUUGAAAAUCCUCUUACUAAGGAAGUUCAAAAAGAUGCUUCACCUUAUCGAAUUCCUUAUCUUGUCUCCCUGGGAAAUCGUCCAAUAAUAUUAAAGUCCAGAGAGGAAAUUAAUGAAUGGAUUAUCAAUCAGGAUUCACAAAUUUUCAAUAUCAGAAAGGAUAGUAAUCAAUUGGAUGGAAGUGGGAUUAUUUCACUAGUGGAAAGAUAUCAAAAUUUAAUGGUGAAAUGUUGGAAUCAGGCACCACUGGAAAGACCUUCGUUUAAUGAUAUUAUUAAUGAGCUAUCAGUAUUGGCAAAAUUAUUUUAA